CUCAACACACACUUAUCAGUCGGAUCCAUCUCCUACAAAUGAUGCUUUCCUUCACCUCUGCUCGUCUCCUCCCUCGUUGCCGGCGUCUCUACAGUGCCUGCGGCGCCGGCGCAGCUGCGUGCGGCGUCGUCGGCGAGAGGGUGACCGUGCUGACCAUCGACGGCGGCGGCAUCCGAGGCGUCAUCCCGGGCACGGUGCUCGCGUUCCUGGAGGGCGAGCUCCAGCGGCUGGAUGGCCCGGGCGCGAGGCUCGCCGACUACUUCGAUGCUGGCUUCACCGGCGGGCUCAUCACCGCGAUGCUGGCCGCGCCCGGCGAAGGGGCGGACAGGGACGGGCGGCGGCGGCGGCGGCCGAUGUUCGCCGCCGCGGACAUUACCCCGUUCUACCUCGAGCACGGCCCACGCAUCUUCCCGCAGCGGUGGAGCACGCUCGCCGCCAAGAUCGCCGCCGCGCGGGGGCCCAAGUAUGAUGGCCGGUAUCUCCGUGGCGUGGUCCGGAGGAUGCUCGGCGAGACGACGGUGGGCGACACGCUCACCAAUGUCGUCGUCCCCACCUUCGACGUCCGCCUGCUCCAGCCCGUCAUCUUCUCCACAUACGAGGCGAAGAACUCGCCUCUGAAGAACGCGCUGCUCUCCGACGUAUGCAUCGGCACGUCGUCGGCGCCGACGUACCUCCCCGCGCACUGCUUCCGGACACACGACGGCGCCAGCGGCGAAACGCGCGAGUACAACCUCAUCGACGGCGGUGUCGCCGCCAACAACCCUACGAUGGUGGCCAUGACAAUGAUCACGGAGGAGAUCAUGGCGAAGGAGAAGGCGGCGGCGCUGUACCUGCUGAAGCCGCCGCCGGAGGAGGAGGAGGAGCACGGCCGGUUCCUGGUGCUGUCCAUCGGCACCGGCCUGACCUCCGACGAGGGCCUCUACACGGCGGAGAAGUGCUCCCGGUGGGGGGCGCUCUCGUGGCUGCGCCACGGCGGGAUGGCCCCCAUCAUCGACAUCUUCAUGGCGGCGAGUUCCGACCUCGUCGACAUCCACGUCGCCGUCAAGUUCCAGCUGCUCCACAGCGAGCGGAACUACCUCCGCGUGCAGGCCAACUCGCUGCGCGGUGCGGCGGCGGCGGUGGACGCGGCGACGCCGGAGAACAUGGGGAGCCUCGUCGGCGUCGGCGAGCGGUUGCUGGCGCAGCGGGUGUCGAGGGUGAACGUGGAGACCGGGAGGUACGAGGAGGUGCCCGGCGAGGGGAGCAACGCCGACGCGCUUGCUCGGAUCGCCGGGAAUCUCUCCGAGGAGAGGACGGCGAGGAUCAAGCGGCGGAACACUGUGCAGGCUGGUGUGACUGGGUUUUAGGAGUAGUCAUGAAAUCCCAUCAUGUCCCAUUGCUCCACGUCUAUUGUAUUUCCGGGCGGGGGCCAUUCCGAAUUUCCGGUCGAUCAUCUCAAAAUGUUUUUUCGGUUGAAAAAUUCGGUAUAUGCUGUUAAAAAGUUUAAAUAAGGUAAAUAAAUAAUACCAGCUCCGUUUUA